AUGAAAUUGUCAACUACUACUUUGCUUUUAGGUUUAGGCUCAGCCGGCCAAAUCAAUGCCGAAACUGACACCACAAUCACCAAUACCAUUACCAUCACCAAGACCUUAUACACCCCCGAGGAGUCUUUGAGUAUGGCGGCCGAGGCUGCAAAAGCUGCCUCGAUAGCUUCUGUGCUGUCAGUCGAGUCCGCAGCUAAUAUUGCUGUAGCACAACUGCUUGCUGAGAGCUACUAUAGCUCCUUGGCCUCAGCUUCAUUGGCUUUGCUUGCACAAGAAACCGCUGCUCUCGAUAGUAAGGGAUAUAAUGCUACUAACAAUUUGACUAUCCACUACGUUACUGUCACGGUCAAGCCAAAAUCCAAGGAAACUUCUUCUGCCAAAGGGGAGUUGGUACUUGAUGUUAGCGCUUCUCUUGGAUCAAGCUCGUCUAAUGCUAUCACUAUUCCCGCCGAGGAGAGCUCUGAAGAUUCUGGGAUGAGAUUACUCGAUGGACAGUAUACUGGUGCUGUCGCCGGUGCAUGUGCCUUGAUUGCCGCACUUUUAUAA